AGCGAUGUGGAGGAGGAGGGGGCUGGUGAGCUGAGCUGGAGGCUUGUUCAGCCAUGUUAGUUUUCUCUGGUGUUCACGAACGAUGAGAGAGAGGAGCCAUGGCCUUGUCAUUGAGCGGAGACGAUGAGGAAUAUGAUUCAGAGUCUGAGCAGCAGCGUGCGGCCAACCGGCCGAAGCCCAAGAUGGGGCCAGCAGCAGCGACGCCAGCCCCUGUUAAGCUGCCAUCCAACCGCAGCUCAUCCGGAGCCAGGCGGAGAAGGACACGCUGCAGAAAGUGCGAGGCGUGCCUCAGGACCGAGUGUGGAGAGUGUCACUUCUGCAAGGACAUGAAGAAGUUUGGAGGGCCGGGUCGCAUGAAGCAGUCGUGCAUUAUGAGACAGUGCAUAGCCCCGGUCCUACCCCACACAGCGGUUUGUGUGGUGUGUAAAGAGGCAGGCAAAGAAGACACACUGGAGGAGGAGGAGGACAAGUUCAACUUCAUGCUGAUGGAGUGCUCCAUCUGCAACGAGAUCGUCCACCCCAACUGUCUUAAGGUGAGCGAUGCCUCUGGAGUGGUGAACGAUGAACUCCCUAACUGCUGGGAAUGUCCCAAGUGCAACCACGCUGGGAAAAGUGGAAAAGUAUUGAAGCAAAAAAGGGGUCCAGGGUUCAAGUACGCCUCCAACCUCCCUGGCUCUCUGCUGAGGGAACAGAAGCCUGUGAAGGAGGAGGGAGAUGCUUCUUCUGCAGCCAAGAGGAGGCCGGACAGAGAGGAGACACCCAGGUACAGACCAGAAGAGCCUCUGCACCGACAGCCGCCACUGCUCUCCCCCUGCAACCUGCCCCGGCCCAGGCCUGAGGACAAACUGAGGAAGAAGAGGAAGCUGUUUGAUGAUGAUGAUGAUGAUGAUCUUGGUGUGAGAAAGAAGGAACGGUCCGAUGAUCCUUAUUUUUCUAAGCUUCUGCACCAAAUCAAAACAGAGGAGGAUGACGAAGACGCAUACGAGGAGCAUAAUGAAGAAGGAAGGGAGCAUCACUUCCGGAGUGCUCUAGAGAGGAGAGGGCGUUUUGGAGACGCUGAAGAAGACGGGGAAGACAAGGACUCCAAGAACGAACUUUUGAAUCCCUUCAUUAAAACUCCGAUUGGUGACAGUGAUCAGUCUCUCUGCAGCUCUCCACAGGCCGGCCCCAGCAGCGAGGGUGGAAGUGAGACUCAAGAAAAAGGGCCUCGUCCAAAAGCUCGCCGUAAGCGGCGUUUACCUAAUAGAGAGCUGAGCCGAGAGCUGAGCAAAGCACUGAACCAGGAAAUCCAGAAGACAGACGACAGCCCGGCCAACGAGAACCGCCAACCGCUCAAAGUGGAGCCAGAAACAGAAAACGAGGAACCGAAGAGAUUGUUCCGCAACGGCACUGAACUCGGGGACCAGAGGACCCACCUCAAGACCAAAGAGAUGAACGGGACCCCCUGGGAGCUGCGCCACUUCUACCCGAGUCAGAUCACUCCACUGGGCUUCAACAGGAGCACUCCAACCAACCGGCCGGUGCCCCCACACUCCCCACCCAAGUGUGUCCAAAUGGAGCGGCACGUCAUCCGUCCCCCUCCGAUAAGCCCACCUCCUGACAGACUUCCUCUGAAAGACGGUAAAACACACGUCAUACAGCGCGAGGUCUGGAUGAAGGUCUUUGGCUAUCUCACACACCAGGAGCUGUGUGUCUGCAUGAGAGUAUGCAAGACGUGGAACAGAUGGUGUUGUGACAAGAGACUCUGGACCAAGAUUGAUCUGAACCGCUGCACCUCCAUCACCCCACUCAUGCUCAGUGGGGUUGUCCGCCGACAGCCAGUUUCCCUGGACCUCAGCUGGACCAACAUUUCCAAGAAGCAAUUAAGCUGGCUUAUUAACAGAUUGCCGGGUCUGCGAGUAUUAAAGUUAUCUGGGUGUUCUUGGGCUGCUGUAUCUGCGCUCUGCACCUCCAGCUGCCCUCUGCUGCGCACACUGGAUGUCCAGUGGGUGGAGGGACUCAAAGACGCACAGAUGAGAGACCUUCUCUCUCCUCCUACAGACAACAGACCAGGUCAACUGGAUAACCGUUGCAAGUUGCGAAACGUAGAGGACCUGCGACUGGCAGGGCUCGACAUCACUGACACGUCUUUACGCCUCAUCAGUCGGCAGAUGCCUCUGCUGUCCAAUCUGGACCUGAGCUACUGCAACCAUAUCAACGACCAGUCAGUCAACCUGCUGACAGCAGCAGGGACCACAACCAGGGACUCACUCACAGAAAUCAACCUGUCAGUUUGUAACCGGGUCACAGACCAUUCCCUAAACUUUUUCAAGCGCUGUGGAAGCAUCUGUCAGAUCGACCUUCGCUUCUGUAAGCAGGUGACGAAGACGGCCUGCGAGCGGUUCAUCGCAGAGAUGUCUGUGAGCGUACCAUUCAGACUGAAAGAGGAAAAACUGCUUGAGAAGUCAAGCUAGUUCCUAACAGGAUAGAAAAACAAUUAACGGACUCUCUUUGCACUUAAUGGAACAUUUUUAUUUUUUUUUUACCUGGUCCUGUUAUAAGUCUCUCAAUCAGUGUCACAGUAAACAAACUGACGGAUGCAGACCAUUCACUGGACAGAUGAAGAGGACGUUGCAUGCAUGUAUUUGUGUUCAGAUUGUACUUUUAUAAAGACGUGCUUGUAAUUGGCUGUUGGGUUGUUUAUUUUUAUUCUUUAAAUAUCCAAAAAUACAGUAUUUUUAUACAAGCGUCAUUUCAUGAGUUUACAGUGUCUCAGGAGCUGAACGUUGCCGAGAGUGGCAUGUUGACUGAGCAUUGUGUCCUUCCUCAUUUUGCCCUCAUGCAACAGUGUCCUCUACGUGCCAAAACCUGUAUUUGACAUUAAUAUAACUCUAGUUUCAGGCAAAAAAAACAUACCUGUACAGUAAUGAGUAUUAGACUAAAUUAUCAGAAGUACUUCCUGAAUUUAGAAUGUAUCUCAAGAAUGACAUAGUUUCCUGUUACGCCCUCAUGUUUUCACUUGCCUUCAUACUCUUAUGAUUUGUUGAAUGUUGUGAUCGACGGGGUUUUCGCCAACAUUUCAACAUUAACUUAUUGAUUUUUUUUGUUUUGUUUUUUUAUUACAGUUUGUAUUUAUUCAUUUAUUCAGUAACUUGAUGGUGUCUCUGAGUUUGCAAAUAAUUUAUCAUGGGUGGUUUGAGCCUGUUGCAGGAUCCAGUUAGUGACAGGAAGUCGACAGUCACUGUCACUUAACACGAUGCAGUCAGCCUCUUGCAGCUGGUGCUGCAUUCAGGUUCACACAAAGAGCACCGUGAAUGACUUUUGCAAAUAACUAAUUUGCAUAAUAUGUUUAAAUAAUAACUCCAUACAUUAGGUGUCGUGUGUAUUUGGGGGUGUGUUGUGCUGUAAUCGAUCACCUCAGGUGAAUGUGAUAAUGUUUAUAUUUGUAAAUUCAAAAACUAAGUGCUAAUAUGCAUUAAAAGAAUUUCAUUUGUACCA